AUGGAAGACUUCUCCCAGUCCCGCGGGGACGACGACCUCUUCGACGACGAAAUCAUCCCCUUUGACAAUCCACCCUCUCCAGAGAAAGUCACAACUCAGCUCGAGCAAGUCUCGCUGGAACCCUCUCCCGCUCCCGCUCCCGCUGCCAUUCCCGCUGCCUUUCCCGCUCCCAUUCCCGCUCCCAUUCCCGCUCCGCCUGUCGGGGCUGAAUCUUCACCAGCGUCUGAGCCCUCGCCGGUGAAACCAGCGACCCCGAUCGAGCACCCGCUCCCCGGCUCCAAACUGAGACAGAGAGGCAGAGGUGGCCAUGGUACUGGACAAGGAGAAGCGAGUAGAAAGAUUGCUACUGGGCUGGAAGACUCGAAGUGGGCAGUGAAAGGCGCAGACGCUGGCCCUCCUGGCAGAGACACGAAGUCUACACGGCCACCCGCGUCCCGAGGUCAGCAAAUUUCAGAGACAAGCACCAUACCCUCUGAGCCAAUACCUCAGCCGCAUGGCGAAGACUCAACAUUAUCAGCGACCCCCGCCGCUCCCAGCAGCAUACCCACUGGCCCGUCAAACACUGCCACCCGUACCCCCGCCGUGCGCGGGGACCGUCUCUCCACGGGCGGGGUCCGCCCUCCUAAACUCUCGGACGAAGAACUCACCGCCAAACUUGCCGCUGCAAAAGAACGGUCGCAGUCGCUUGCUGCCGCCCACGCGAGGGCCCAAGCGGACGCCGCAAACUUUGAAGAGAGAGAAAGACAAGCGAGGGAGAGGAGGGAGAGGGAUAUAAAGGACAGGAGAGUCAUGGAGGGAGAGAGGGAGAGGAACCGGCUUAGGAAGAUGGCGGGACAAUUGGGGCGGGAGUGGGAUCGGGACAAGGACGAACAACAGGCCAAUGGGAGAGGAGGGAGGAGAGGGUAUUCUGGCCCCGCUCCAGGAGAGGAGGAUGAUCUGAAGAUGUAUGAGUGGCAUGAGGACCGGGGACGGGGGCGAGGGAGGGGAAGAGGAGAGGGAGGGGGCGCUGGAAGGGGUAGAGGUCGAGGUGGUCCUAGAGGAGCCGGGUUUGGCCAUAACGGCGACGGCCACGCCCACCAGCUGCAGCCAGGUUGGUCUGUGGAAACCGAUUUCCCUUCUCUACCUGGCUCCAAUCCUGCUGUGAAAAAAGAGCCCGGCGGCGAUAUGAAUACGAUCCCAAAUCCCACCGCCUCCAAACCGAGUCGCUCGGGCCUGGUCGAUGGAGGAGGAGGAGCUGGAGGUGGUGGUGGUGAUGGAGGAACCUGGGCCGAGCAAAUGGAAUCCAGCGAGCUCAAUGAGGAAAAUAAGAACAAGCCGCGGAACUUCUGGUAG